GUCGUCUCAUCGUCGUCGGCUUCGAUCGUGGCUGCACCGUAUUGCAGCGGCAAGUCGGCUAUGAAAGUGAGAUGGCUCCGACUUCGGAUAAGUGGCAGGGGUGCGGUAUAAAAGUGAGCGCACAAUUACCACUCUGACAUAGUUCACGACACUCCACGUGCCACUUCGCUGCUGCACGUCACAUCACACAUAAACAAAAUGAAACUGCUGGUCGUGAUUUGUGCUGUGCUGUCCCUCUCGACAGCUCUGCCUCAGCGGAGACUAUCGUUGAAGCCUGAGCAGCCAGAAGCGGACGACCAGCAGCCCGCGGAACAGAACUACAACAACUACCAGCAACAAGCACCUGAGUUCAGACAGCCCCCUCCCCAGCAGGAGUACAGACAGGCCAAGCAGAUCGAUGACUUCAGACCCAAGGUUCAGCUGGAAACCACCACUUUCAUCCCCAUCAUCCGUUUCGACAAGGAACAGGGUACCGACGGCAGCUACAAGACAGCUUAUGAGACCGGCAACAACAUCCAAGCCUCCGAACAAGGUUUCUUAAGGGCUGUCGGCGAGGACCAGAACGCUUUGGUGCAACAAGGUUCCUACUCCUACACCGCUCCCGACGGCCAGGUCAUCACUGUUGAAUACACCGCCGACGAGUUCGGAUUCAGGGUCAAGGGCGACCACAUCCCCACUCCUCCUCCCGUCUCCCCCGAAAUCCAGAAAGGUCUUGACCUCAUUUACGCUGGAAUUAAAGCUAACGCGGAACGCGAUGCCCUCGAAGCCAAGAACAACCCUGAAGCUGCCGCCAGACAACAGGAAGACAGAGCAGCGCUAGACUACAAAGGUACCUACUACCAGCAAUAAGUGUGUGCAAGUGACUCUCGUGCUAGUACCGUGAACGUUCUGAUGGCAGGGCCUCUAAAUGCCAUAUAUUUUAAGACUAGAUAACGCCUAUCACACAUCAUGUCAUACAACAGCUAUUCAAUCAUAAUAUAAACGACCUCUAAUAAAGAUAAUCGUGAAUCGUGGUUAAAUAUGCUUUCACUGCCGUAUACAGUAUUCACAUGAUGUGGCUAUAGGCAUUAGUUUUAAGUUAAAGAAAUAUCGAAUUGUUAUUUUACAAUUUAAAAUAAUACUCAAGAUGUCUGUCAAGUGUCUACGUUAUGAUUAUUCUAAGUACAUCAAUAGAUAUUUUGGUAUUUUACCAGACUGAAAUAAAGAGUUGAAUGAGAUAGGUUCCUCAGAUAAAUUAACUCCCGUAGACAACAAAUCGUUGUUCAUAAGCAAACCAGUUUUGACAGUAUAAUUACUGCCGCCCUUCUAUUCUUUCUAUGUGAUACUUCACCAACAAAAAACGUGUUCAAUUAUAUUUUUAUACUUUUGUAAAUAACUUACCAUCGUAAUAACUUAUCUUUGUAUGUUUGAUUUUUGAAUAAAAUGUUGUAAAAUAUAUUUUUGGCUUUUGU